AUGGUUUCCGACAAACUUGUGCCCUGGCCCGCUGUUAAGCCCUACGACAAGCAGGGCGUUCCUGUUGCUGGCACCAAACGUCCUGGCCAGUCAGGAAUCUGGGGUCUGAUUGACGAAAACACACCCAAUAGCCUCGUUACCUUGGACCAGGUCUGGGCGGAAGGAGUGAAACUUGGAGGCAACCGCAACUUCUUGGGUUGGCGACCUGUCAUCUCUCAAAACCCUCUUAAAUUCGCCCCUGCCUACUCCUGGAUAACCUACAACGAGGCAGACACCAGACGCAAGUAUAUUGGAAGCGCCCUUCACACCCUUUUCAAGAACGGUGAACUCCAGGGCAGCGACUACGAUACCGUUGGUAUCUGGUCUCAGAACCGACCUGAAUGGCAGCUUAUAGACAUCGCCGUCACCAGUUACGGAAAAGUCGGGGUCAGCUUGUACGAUACCUUGGGAAGGGACUCUGUUGAAUACAUUAUCAACCACGCGAGCCUUUCCAUCGUCUUCUCUACCGCUGGGCACAUCCCCACUCUCCUGAAGUUGGCUCCCAAGACACCUACGCUCAAGAUCAUCGUCUGUCUCGACAACCUCCCUUCUGAGGCAUCCUCCGUUUUGAAGGAAUGGGCCCAGUCUCAGGGACAGCGCUUCAUGGAGCUUCGAGAAUUCGAGGACUUCGGCAAGGCCAACCUUUUGCCACCUAUCUCAGCAACUCCUGACACCGUCGCCUCAAUUUGCUACACUUCGGGAACCACCAACCUUCCCAAGGGUGUCGUUUUGAGGCACAAGACCCUUGCUGUCGCUACCCAGGCCAACUUGUACGGAAUGGAGUUGCCCGAGCAAGGAAUCCUCAUGUCAUAUCUUCCCCUUGCGCAUAUCUACGAGCGUAUCUGUGAAUUGUGCUCAAUCGCUAUUGGUGGUCGUAUCGGUUACUUCACAGGCGAUCCAUUGCGUUUGUUGGAAGAUGCCCAAAUCCUCAAACCUCACUUCUUCCCCUCCGUUCCUCGCGUUCUCAACCGCGUCUAUCAGUCCGCCAUGUUAGGUGGUAACGUUCCUGGUCUCAAGGGUAACCUCUUCAGGAAGGCCCUCCAAACCAAAUUACAGAAGCUCCGCACCACUGGCGACCCCACUCACGCUUUCUGGGAUCGACUUGUCUUCCGCAAGAUCCAAGCUGUUCUCGGUGGCCAGAUUCAACUUGUCAUCAGUGGUUCUGCCCCUAUCACUCCCGACGUUAUGGACUUCCUCAAAGUUGCCUUUGCUUGUGACGUCCAGGAAGGUUACGGUCUGACUGAAACUGCUGCUACUUGCAGCAAAACCUGGCCAUAUGAUGCCACUGCCUCUGGCACCGUUGGGCCCCCGUCCCCAGUCAACGAAGUCAAGGUUGUCGACGUUCCUGCGAUGGGUUACACCUCUGAGGAUAAGCCUAAUCCUCGCGGAGAGCUUUGUAUCCGCGGAACCAAUGUCUUCCCUUACUACUACAAAGACGAGAAGAACACCAAGGAUGCCAUCGACGAUGAGGGCUGGUUCCACACCGGUGAUGUGGCCGAAAUCGAUGCUGCUGGCCGCAUCAAGAUCAUCGACCGAGUUAAGAACAUCAUGAAGCUUGCGCAGGGUGAAUACGUUGCGUUAGAGAAGAUUGAGAACUUGUACAGCAGCGUUCCUGUUGUCGCUCAAGUGUUCGUCUACGGUGACGGCCUGCAAUCCUAUUUGGUUGCUGUCGUUGUUCCCGAUCCUGUCAUGCUCUCCAGCAUCGCUACCAGCGUCAUUGGCAAGAAGGUCGCCGCUGACGAUGCUGCCGGGUUGGCCGAAGUGAUUAAGGAUGAGCGCGUUGUUAGCCACAUUCUUUCCAUCCUCACCAAGGAGGCUCAGCGCAAUGGUCUGAAGGGCUUCGAGAUGGUCAAGCGCAUUCACGUUUCGCUCAGCCCCUUCACUGUCGACGAGGGUACUCUCACUCCUACCAUGAAGCUCCGUCGCAAGGAUGCCUUCAACAAGUACAAGGACGAAAUCACGGCUCUGUAUGCCCUCGGGGAGCCCGCCUCGACCUCUGCGAACAAGCUGUAG